CUUCUCUUCCCCUUUUCUGCCAAUGGCGAUCUGGCAGGAAGAGGCGGAGGAAAUGCGGCGCCGGGCCCUGGAAGGAGAGCCGGGAUUGGCUUCGCCUUUUGUGCCGCCGCCCCACGAACAUGGCUCCCGCCGCUAGGAACCCCGGGAGCAAGUUCGAUCUCAGUUGGCUUGCACGGGUUCAUGUGAAUCAACCAGCAGUUCUUAGACGGGCAGCCCAAAUUCAGACACAACGUCCUGUGAAAAAGAAUUGGCAGGCUGCUUGGCUUCUGCGUGCUGUCACCUGCAUAGAUCUUACCACCCUUUCGGGCGAUGACACCCCUUCUAAUGUCUACAGGUUGUGUUACAAAGCAAAGCAUCCCAUCAGAGAGGAUCUCUUGCAAGCUCUGAAUAUGCGUGAUCAAGUGCUGUUUGAGGAGAUACGCCAGUUCCGUCAGGCCUGUGGAGAAGCUCAUAUGAAAACCAUCUUGGGGACAGGAGAGCUGGGAUCACUAACUAAUGUCUACAAAGCCAGUCUUGUUGCCAUGAUGGCAGGUACUGAUUUUAUUAAAACUUCCACUGGAAAAGAGGCUGUUAAUGCUACCUUUCCAGUAGGGCUGGUCAUGGUACGAGCCAUCAGAGACUUCUACUGGAAAACUGGCUACAAGGUUGGAUUUAAGCCUGCAGGAGGCAUUCGCACUGCCAAAGAUGCCUUGACCUGGCUCUCAUUGAUGAAGGAAGAACUGGGAGAUGAGUGGCUAAAACCGGAACUUUUUCGCCUGGGUGCCAGUACUUUGCUGGGAGAUAUUGAGAGACAGAUUUAUCACCACGUGACUAGCAGAUAUGCGGCUUACUAUGACAUACCUAUGGCUUAGAUCAGCGACUUAAUUCAUCAUAUGAUGUACAGAGAGAGAAAGGAAGAGACAAUACAUGGGAAGAGGCUUAAAGAAACAAUGUCCUUGACUCUUUACCUGCAGCCAAGCCCAGGAAAUCCUUAUGGAAGGAUUAAAGAGCCAGUGCUCCCAUUUAAUGGUUUCAUUGUGCUUAGAGUGCCCCCAAAAUCUAUGGAUAAAUAUAGAGAGCUUUGGAUUUCAAAGAUUGGCAGUGUUAAUUCUGUUGCAGCUCUUUCACAUUAAUUGCAACAAUGAUAAUAAAAAUAAGAUGACCAACUGA